UAUCAGAAGCUGAGCUGCAGUUGUUGGCUUGUUUUGAGCCCUCACAAUGGGGUCGCUGCAGUUAUUUCUUGGCAUGUUCUUCUGCCACAUCAUUUCUGCUGAGUCUCACUUGAGAUACGAUGAUGAUUCCGUGGUGUUCCGGGAUUUUGGAGGGGUUUUAGAGAAUGAGUUGUUCCCCCCCUUUGAUAGGGACUUUGAACUUCUGCCAUUCAAUGACAUCUUUGGCUCCUGGAGAAACUGGCCACCUGCCUUUCACAUGGAUCCUGGUUUCCCUCCGUUCAUGAAUGCUCCUAGAGUCCAGGUGUCAUGUGAUGAGCAUAAAUUGACAGUUGUGGUGGACAAAAAAACCUUUGGCCUCGCGCUGACUGCAGAGGAUGUGCAGCUGGGUGACAACUGUCGCAGCAAUACAGAGCUACCUGACCAGUUAGUUUUUUCCUACCAGUUAGAUGAAUGUGGGACUAAAUCUGUGUUGCAGAAUGGUGUGAAGGGCUUUACAAACUUCAUAAACCUGACUCCUAAGAAGGCUCUCUCCCCCUGGUGGCAAGCUCCCCUCACAGUUCAGCUUACCUGCUUCCCCAGAAGGUUUUAUAGUAAACCAAGUGUUACCCUAGCACCACCUCUUCCUAUGAAGAGCUUCAACAUUCAAGCCAUGGAUUCAUCCUGGACCAAACCAGUGGAAUCAAACUCUUACAAAAGAGGCCAGGUCAUGAACCUCCAAGUAUCUGCAGAAACAAGGCCCAAUCAGCAACUCUUCAUCCACUCCUGCUUCUCGUCUGCAUCCCCUGAGCCCCAGACAAAACCUAGACAUGCUGUCCUACUGAACAAAGGGUGCUCAUCCUCAUUGGGUUCUCCGCACCCUGUUGCAUGGUUUACAGGUUCUAAUGCAGCAAAUGUGGUCAACUUUGCACUCAAUACGUCUCAUCUUACUUCAGAGCUAUACAUCCACUGCAGUGUCAUCAUCUCUGACCAGGGUGUCACCUCUAUUUCUAAAUCCUGCAACUAUGAUGCCACUCAAUCCAAAUGGGUGGAGCUUAAUGGAGAUGUGGAUGUCUGUGCCUGCUGUAGUUCAAAGUGUAAAAGCUCUUCAGUCAAGAUCCACUCUGGCAAUAAAGCAAUUGUCAGCACUGGUCUGCUUCUUGUGGAUGACGAUGUAAAAGCCAAUGCACCUUUGGACUCUGAACCUCAAGCUUCAAGCACACUACUUGCCAGGUCAAACUCUCCUGUUGAAGCUGACGGCACAGUGUCUGACUCUCUCUUUCUGCAAAGGGAGCUCCCAUCAUCCCAACAAGGGGUUGUUGUAGUGAGUCAAGAUCCAACUUCCAGACUAACACUAUGGCUACCCGGACAGGCAGAUGCUGAAUAUGGCAAAGACAUGACCACUUGGUCUGAAGAUGGGUUUUCAGUUCGGUUGUCACCAAAUGGAAACUACCUAGAUAUGAAGCCACCAACUGCUAGUCCAAUGCUGCCAUCUCAAAGUGAAGAUGCUGAUCCCACAAUGAGAGGGUCUCAAGGUGGCAAAUCAUGGGAUAUGAAUAUCCAUACAAUGGAUGUCUGGCCAAUUCCUCGACCUGAAACUACAGAAGGUUUGCAAGAAGGAUUUGAAAAAUCAACAAGCUCAGAAGUGAAGACCGACUUGCCAAAUGAGAUUAGCAUCAAUCUCUUGUUACUGGAGCAUCCUAAGACGAUCCCUAAAAUCCUGGAGGAUGUUGCAGAGGAGCCCCUGAAAAAGCAAUUGCCAGAUCAAACUGAUGGAAAAGACGCUAACAAGAGUGAACUCUCCUCUGAGGAAGAGGAACCAUCUGGGGUGAAUGUGGAUGACAUGGUGACUGAAGAUGUUCAGCAGCCUAUAAUUCAUUCUAAGCUGGAAUUCUCCAAAGGGGCAGAUGGUUCACAGAAGUUGAGUUAUGAGGAAGAGUUGAAUCAAACUGAGACUAAACUAGUGCAGAGAAGAGCUGCUGGGGAGGAGAAGACGGGAAGAGUGCCCAGGCUGAAGGGACUGCGCUCAACUUUUAUGUACUUGAUGAGGAAGAUGAAUGGAGAAAAAUAAAUGCACCUUCAAGAAAUGUUUAAAUAAACUUACUGCAACAAAAGUUUUUAAGAUCUAAACCU